AUGUCGAUAACGGGGUCGCUGGUCGGCUACGAGACCGGAGGCGACCUCUCGAUGGUGUCGAAGAAGAACCGGUCGCUGCUCAACAUCACCGCCACCUCGACCGCGUCCUCCAAGCAGUGCCAGAGUCUCAACUCCAGCAUCUCGCACAGCAGCGUGGUGCUGACAAGCAGUAACACCAUCGCCACGACGCAGUACGUCGGUAACUCCGGGUCGCUCCGUCGCCAGGCGCCAGGCGAAGUGUGCCCGGGAAAGCACCGAAGGCGUCGGCUACACCUCAACACCCUGUGGUCGAUCUGGUACGGCAUCCUGGUAACGCUCCUGCAGGGCUACUUGAUCGUGCAGGGCACACACCGCUACGUCGGCCUGUCGGCGCUCAGCUGGAAGUACGAAAAACCGUCCACCGAGCUGGACAUUCAGAUCGUGUUCUGUGGGCUCGUGAUACUGUUCCUACCGCUGCUGCUCGCCUCGGCCCUGUUUCGCGUGGGCAAUCUCGCCAACGAUGGCAUGAAGCUGGCCUCGGGGACGAAGCUGUGGCCCGGAUCGACCACCGCUACCGGGCACGACGAGCUCGAAGAGGAAGCCUUCGAGGGAACGCUCCGUUCCCUUUGGAUUCACGGUGGGCCAACGUCGGCGUUCAUACACAUCAUCACGGCGAUCUGCUUGCUACUGCCCCGACUGCUGUUGGAGGCCAAAGUGAUCGAAAAUGGACUGCUGCCGCGAGAGAACGUUUGGCGGACGGACCUGGACUUCAUGGUGACCCACAGCGACCGUCUGGUGGUGCUUUCGUUCAUGACCUCCUCGCCGACGUACCCGAACACCAGCACCACGGCGCGACCCGGGAUGACGGAGCUCGAGCGGAAGCUGUACCGCAACGGGUACCUCGAGCACAGCGAUCUGGUGGAGAAGUUCUCGAGCUACGAUGACGACGAUACGUUCGGAGGACUCGACACGAGCGACGAAGCGUUCCGGACACACGAAGCCCUCGAGAUGGGCGGUGAACCGUACGGUGGCUCCUCGAGCUCAUCGGUUGCAUUCUCGACCAUGGUGGACUAUGCGAGCGAAAACGCGACCACACGUCAGACGCUGCCACCGGUGCGUAACCUUCUCACCACAACCACCACCUCAACGAGUCCGGUACCGCCGAGAUUGAAGGCACCGACUGCCACGCUCACGUCGACCGUGCCGUACUCCAGCGCCGAAGGAACCACCGCUACCGGGGGCAGUAGCCGUGAGAGCCGCCGGAAGGACGCGAACCGAGCCCACCGGAAGAUUCACGGAUCGGGCAAGGGACACUCGGGAGGCAAGGGCAAGUCACAGCACGGUCACCACGCCGGCAAUCACCACCACCAACAUCAGCACAGCCACCAAGAACCACGGAAUCGGUACGGGGAAGACAUCGACACGCGGCUCGAGCUCGAGGAGCACCGCGAACUGGACUGGAGUCUGCUCAAUCAACCCGAGGGUACACCAACGCUCCUCGAGACACCCAGUGGCGGCGGCGGUGGGAAUCGGGCGGUGGGCCCCAAAGAACCAUCGGUAGCACCGGCAGUCACAUCGAAAAGUCCCCCCAGGCGUACCACAAUCCAGAUCCCCCCGACGACCUCGGUUCCGGUGACGAAGAAGCCUCCCGCUACGAAGGACAGCGACAUCCACGUGCUCAAGCCGGUCAACCUGCCGGAGAACGUCGUGCCUUCGACCCCGGUGACGACGGAUUCGAAGAUCAUCGAAAUUAAGCCCAGCACCGGAAGUGUCACGAGCGGGGGCCGCAAAAGCAAGCGCUCCGAGCCAUCGACGGCGGCGGACAGCUUCAGUAGCGAAAGUCUCGAAAGCAUCGAAAGCAUCCCCAGCGUCGACGAGGACGAGUUCAUCAUCAAGGACGAGAACGGGAUGGAGAUCAAGCCGGCCUUUCUGAUCGGUGCCAUUCCGAGCGCCAACCUGACGUUCAAACCGCUGGAACUGUCCGGCUUUCCGGCCCUGCUGGCGGCCAUUUUUGGCUCCCCAGCGGACCGUCAUUUUACUGCGGCCUCGGUUUGGGCCACGGUGCCUAGCCUGGAGUUUGUCAACCUGGCCAUUGCACUGGCCGUGUGGGCCGUUCGUUACCCGUCCGUCUUUUGGCACACGUCCAAGUCGUUCGCCUGUCUGUUCAGCGUGCAGAUGAUCGCGAACGGGGCCGACAUCCUGCUGAGCUUUGCCGGGGCGAGUGUCCUGUACAAGCUGCAAACCCUCGGCCAGGCACUACCACUGCAAGCGCCGGCGCUGAUUCUGAACGGGACCGUCACACUCGCACUGACGAUCCUGGCGCUCGUCCUCACGAUCGCCUCCUCGAUGGUGCUGUACCUGUACGGGCACGGCAAGCUGACGGCGAAGGUGCGUGAUCGCCGCUUGAUCACGGCCAAACAUAGCGCGGACGUGUGGGCCUACUUUGCGCACUGCUCGUCCCUGUGCUUCGUCCUGGCGCUGGCCGUCGUGAAGGCUCCGCUGAUGCACGAUCUCUGCGCCACCUACCGCGGAAGUCUCGAUGGAGCCGUCCUUGCAGCGGCUAUGGGCUCCGUGAUGCAUCUGUUCCUCUGGAUCGUCCUGUGGUUGGGACUGACGGCGAAGCGUCGCUGGCAUUUUAAGCUACCACCGCUCGAUGGAGGCCGCUUCGGCGGUGCCUCUUCCGGGGGUGCUGCCGGUCAACCACUGCUCCGUGGCCAGGGAAGCGUACGCUCACCGGGCGUCGGCGUGCCCGGCGGACUACCGAGCGGUCUCCCGCCACCCGGCACCAACUCGUCGGGCGGUGAAGAGGACACGAUCUACUGGCCCAAGAUUGCGCCCAACUCGCCCAAACUGAAGGUCACGUUCAACGAAGUUACCAGUACGUCCUCUGCCACUCACGGUCCACUCGGGCCACACGAACACGGCAAGCGCCAUCCGUCCGGUGGAACCACGAUACGUGUGUCCAGUGUUACGGGGGAAACUGAUGACGGAGACUACGCUACGCUAAGGGGCCCGCCGGGCGAUCUGCUCGGUCACCUUGGCCCCUACGAGCACCCUGCCCCCUCCGGUUCUCCGCCGCCUCCUCCACCGCCACCGUCCGACGACUGCGAUCUGCUGGACGUGGCCAGCAACAGCAACACCCUGGUCGGCAGCAUCAACGCGGACCACGCCGACGACACGUCCGAGGAGGGCAAGCUGUUGGCGUGCGUCCGGGACGACAGCGUGACGUACGCCUCGACCCGCGAUCUCGAGCCUCCCCUCAACCGGACGGUGUCACGCGAAACGUUCGUGCGGUCGCCGGAGCAGCUGAGCAGUCCGCUGGCUCCCGUCACCGUGACCGUUCACAACCAUCUCGAGAACUCCGGUCCUGGAUCAACGCCGCGUUGUCUGCGACGAGCCGACUCCGGCAUGCCGACGGAGGCCCUAACGCCGCGGUCCGACUCUACCUCAACCGAGAGCUCAACGUCACCGCCCGACUGCCGGGACGCACCGUCGGAAACGUCGAGUGGCGUGCACUCGGGCGAGGAAGGGCGCGACGAGGUCGUCAUCCGGCCGCGCUCCGGUCCGUACAAGUCGGUCAUCAAGGCACCGCCACCGCCGGCCAUCCAGGAGGAACCGUUCGGGCGCUCGACCAACAUGAAAAUGUCCAGCUUCAACAAGGACGGCACUAGCGCCACGCUGCCCCUGACGCGCGGAUCUCACGACCUGCACCAUCUCCCGCAGCCCUACCCGCAGUGCAGCACGAUGCCCCUGCCGGCCGGUUACCACCAGCAGCAGCAGCAACACAACCUCCUUUACCACUCCCAGACAUCGUUCGGUCCGCAGCCGGCCCAUCCCGGCGCGGGGGGACGGCCACCGCAGCAUACGACCCUCCCGAACGGUGUCCGGUACGCCACGUCAUCGAACCAGUUCCUCAAGCGAAUGCCGUACAUGAAGAACGCCGAAUCACCGUACGGCCACCUGGGACUGGGGGCCGGCCAUCACACGUUCUCCAAGCUCCUGCACGACCCGCUCGGCUCGACCGGCACCAUGAUGAUGAUGCCCGGGGUCACCGGCCACGGCCACGGUCACAUGCCAUCGCACUCGCACUCGAACCACAGCACGUUCCUGCCGCCCGCCACCAUCCCGGAGGACCGCGAUUCGGCCAACUACUCGAUGAUCUCCGAGCAGGACCGGGAGAUGUACAUAAACGCGCCCAGUCACAUUGCACCGAUGCACCACUAG